CUAUUCAAAAAAAAAAAAAAAAUCUUUUUAACCAAAUCAAUCACUAUAAAAACCUUCACUUUUUAAAAUCCCCCCAAAAACAAAGCGAGCACUACCAUUACCAUUUUCUUCUGUCGGUUCUCUGCUUCAUCGGAAGGAAAGAGCACGAAGAAGAAAGAAGGAAGGAUGAUUGAGGUAGUGUUGAACGACAGAUUGGGGAAGAAAGUACGCGUAAAGUGCAAUGAAGAUGACACCAUUGGCGACCUGAAGAAGCUUGUUGCUGCUCAAACUGGUACUCGCUCUGAUAAGAUUCGAAUUCAAAAGUGGUAUAACAUUUACAAGGAUCACAUCACUCUUCGAGACUACGAGAUUCACGAUGGCAUGGGCCUCGAACUGUACUACAACUGAGUAAGUUGCACGCCUCGUUUUCGCUUUGUCUUUGAUUACUACCACUGUUGUUUUUCUAUAAACUUUGAUUAGUAGAAUUACGCGGCUAUAGAUAGGUAAUAGUAAUUGCGGAAUUUCCGUUUGAAACUAUGGAUUUUCUGUUUUUAAUUUGUGAUUGAUGAAUUAUGAUCUAGAAAUUUGAAUUGGUUUUUGGAUGAA